CAUAAGAAUGUAAGCGAAUCAUAUUAAUGAAAAGACAAGAUUAACAUGCGUGAAAGAGAGAACAUGAACCACCAAAUUGAUUUUUGAAAGUACGAUAAAUAUGUGUGAGAUUUUGUAGAUACAUGAAGAUAUUUUUGUGCAUGUGUGCUCAGAUCUAUAACAUAAGUGGCUAAAAAUUGCAGAAUCUAAAUCAAGUACUAGCUGACAAAAGUCAGUAUAUAUAUAUAUAUUCUUUUUUUGUCACAGGUUAUUACAAAGCGAAGUUCCAAGUUCGUUAAUCUUCUUGAGAUCUUGACAUUCCUUGGAACAUGGAGAAGCUUCUUAAUCCUUACGAAAAGCAAUACAUGAAAAUGGCUAUGCUCAAACAUGAAGAAACUUUCAAGCAACAGGUAAAUGAACUUCAUAGGCUAUAUCAAGUCCAGAAGAUCUUGAUGGAAAACAUGCAGAUCAACAAGGGAAAUAAUGUAAGCUCAGGACCAGAGACUUUCAACAGAACAGUUGACCAUGAGACUGACCGGUUGGUGAGAAGAGAUUCCGGUAGUAAUAAUACAGAUAUUAUGGACGAGAGUGAGAUCGAGCUAACGCUUGGACCUUCAUGUUACAGUGGUGAGUUGAUGAGAAUGAACAAGAAGAAUAAGAACUCUUUGCUGGAGAUGAUUGACGGAAAUUUAAAUUCCGAUGGCCGGAGUUUCUGGUCGUCUUCGACAGGGUCAAGCAAUAACAAUCACAACAAUCUUGAAGAACAAGUAAUCCAAGAGAAGUUGAUGAAACAUCAGAAUCAGAAGCAGCCAUGGCUUCGAGCAUUGACCUUGAAUAUUAUUUAAUAGUAAAUAAUAUUCAUAUUAACUAGUAUAUUCUGAAAUAGAUUUGCAUUUUUUUUUCUUUUUCCAAUUUAGUAGCUUUUUUUUUUAACACGCCUCUUAUCAGGUGAUCUUUUUAAGGUUUACAAGGAUUUUCUUCUUUAGUUGGUUUUUUAGUAGUUAUUUUCUAGGUUUAA